UUUGUGUUAAUAUGAGUGGUGAAAAAUUAAAAUUUUCAAAAGCAUUUAUUUGCUGUACAAAUAUUAUUUUUAUGGCAUCAGGAUUGAUAUUAAUGGCAGUAGGAAUUCUAUUAUUACUUGAUAAUAACAGAGUAUUACUGUCACGAUUAUUAAAUACCGAUGAAUUAAUUGUUAAAGAACCAUUAUUUUAUUAUUUAUCAUUUAUAAUAGUUGGUUUGGGAUUUUUGAUAUCAUUAAGUGGAUUAAUUGGAUGCUGGGUAUCUUGCUUGGCUAGUAAUUGUGUCACUGUAUUGUACAUGGUGAUAUUGAUAAUAUUGAUAGUAAGCCAAUUUACAAUUUGCGUGCUUGCGAUAUUUACACCAAAUUUAAUCGGAAUUGACAUACGAGUAAUUACGUUGUUACGGGCAUUGCAACGCAAUUAUGGUUUACCUGGCAGGCAACAAUUUACAGCGGCGCUAGAUCUUGCUCAGACGACGUUUUCGUGCUGCGGGAUCAACGGAAGUAAUAAUUACGGUACAUCCUGGUGGCGGUUACAGGAAGUUGGUCGCCGUGAUUUAGUUGUACCAUUGACUUGCUGCUUGCUCAAUAACACAAAUGAUAUUGAUUCGUUUUUGAAUCCUAUUGUUAGUGAUUUGAACACUUGUCAGACACUUAAUCCGGCAAAACAUCAAUUUGCUCGUCAUACUGUGGGUUGCUUAGAAAAAAUUGAAGAAUGGACACAAGACCAAGCAUUAUUACUAUUGGUGAUUGGUUUAUCAAUAAUGUUUGUUGAAUUAUGCGCAUUACUAUCUACAUUACUUGGUUAUAAAAAAAAAUCUGGUAAAUUUAAAAAAAAAUUAAACGAGAGCCAACAUAAUAUUACGUCAUCAUUCACUUCGACCCAAACGAUUGAUGGACAAUCGCCUUAUCAUGACAGCAACGACGAUUUUGGUUUCGAAAAUCGUGUACAGAUGUCAGGUUCAACGUUCACAGGAAAGUCCUGAAGGUGGCAGGAGGGCAGUGAAAUAAAUAAAUUAAGU